CGCUUCGUCACCGCGUCCGCUUCCGUCUCGGCCGAAGGCGCCUCCCACCUCGGCUGGUCCCCGAUCGGCUCCCCUGGGUCCCGCAGGGCUGCGGCGCUGCCUGUCCGGUCUCCUCCUCCUCCUCGCGGGGUGGACAGCGGUCUUCAGGCGGCCGGAGGAGCCCGACCUGAGUAUCUCCAAUGGCUAAUGAAGCUCAUCCUUGUCCGUGUGACAUUGGCCAUAGAAUAGAGUAUGGAGGGCUGGGGCACGAAGUUCAAGUGGAGCAUGUCAAGGCUUAUCUCACCAAAUGCCCCGUGGACGCUGGCAAAGCUGUGGUUGUCAUUCAGGAUAUAUUUGGCUGGCAGUUGCCCAACACCAGAUACAUGGCUGACAUGAUUGCAAGAAAUGGAUACACAACCAUCGUUCCAGACUUCUUUGUCGGGCAGGAGCCUUGGCACCCUUCGGGGGACUGGUCCACCUUCCCAGAGUGGUUGAAGACAAGAAACGCCAGAAAGAUUGAUAAAGAGUUCGAUGCAGUCUUGAAGUAUCUGAAGCAACAGUGUCACGCCAAGAGAAUUGGCGUCGUGGGAUUCUGCUGGGGUGGAAUUGCCGUUCAUCACGUGAUGAUGAAAUACCCAGAGCUCAGGGCGGGGGUGUCCGUCUACGGCAUCAUCAAAGACGCUGAAGACGUGUACAGUCUGAAGAAUCCCACGCUGUUCAUCUUUGCUGAAAACGAUUCUGUGAUUCCUCUCGAGCAGGUCUCUUUGCUGACUCAGAAGCUCAAAGAGCACUGCAAAGUGGAAUAUCAAAUUAAAACGUUUUCCGGGCAGACGCAUGGCUUUGUGCAUCGCAAGAGAGAGGACUGCUCGCCUGAAGACAAGCCGUACAUUGACGAGGCGAGGAGGAACUUACUCGAGUGGCUGAGCAAGUACGUGUAGCCACAGCCGAGGGCAAACUUUCUCCAAAUAGCUCUCAUUCGGAAAUGUUCUUUGAAGUGCUUAGAUCAUUUUUCUUUCACUUUACAGAAAAUAAAUCAAGGAAUCCUGAAAUUCAUUGUGUCAUUUGAAACACAAAUUCAGAAGGAAAAGUUAAUGUAUGAAAUACUUUCAUUUUUAACAUGUGCCCAAGAUAAGAUUUUUAACAACAGGCAGUACCUGAAGGAUUUGGGCGAUAGAGUAAUAUCCUAACUAUUAGCAAAAAAUCCCUAGAGGUCCCCAAGGAACACGUGACUGCUCGGGUAUGGCCUUCCUGGCCUUGAAUUGAGCACAUUCUCUAGAACAACUAAAUUGGUGAAACCAUGAAAAGUGAACUCAGGUGGAGCAAAAGCCCACCUUCAUUUUUAUCUCUGUCUUUACAGGAAUGAAUCUGUCAUGAUCAUAUACAUAUUGAGAUUAAAGUAGGGUUCCACUGAACUAAUUAUAUAAAGCUUAUAAACCUGAUUUUUGAAUGUCUUUUUCUAAAAUCUAAUAAACGAUGGAUGAGAGUUGCCA